CUACAAUCAAUGUUUGAUAAAAACAGAAAGGAUGGAGCCUUUUUUCUAUGAACCAAGGUGAUCUAAAACCUUAUGAAUAAAAUAUAAUUUGAUGAAAUGAUAACAUUCAAAAUUACUGUCCUCUGUUAUCAAUAAUCGUAAAUCGUGGAGUGGGUUUUACAGAUUUUGAUCAAAUUCAAUUGCAAUAAUUUGAAAUUACUGAAUUAUUUUACUAGUUGCAUACAUGAAAUGUAAAUAUUUAAAUGAAUUAGAAAAAUUGUUAGUUUUGUAAUUAAUAUGGCUAAUGAGACAUCUGAACCGAACUGGUGCAGUAGGUCAUAUAUAAAUUAUGAAAAACGAAAGAAGAAAUGUAUGCUUGAAAACUGUGAUGAUGAACACCCCUUAAAAUCCUUAUCCUUGUCUUUUAAAAAAAGUAGUGAAAUAUCUAUUAUUGAUCCACUUGGAGCAUUUAUUGUAAAUGGAAAUGAUCCUCUUAGUCGACCCGUUCAAUUAAUUCCUACAGACUUUGAAGAACCAUGUAAUAUUAUUUCUGAUAACUGUCAGUCUUGGUCACAAUGCAAACAAAGUAUAUUAAAUAAUUAUACGACAUCUGAAAAAUUGACUUUUAAAUCUUACUCAAAAACUAUUCAAAGUGCUACCAUUAGAUCAAGACUUGAAGAACUAGAUGAAUUUGAUGAUCAGUCAGAUUAUUCUGAAAAAGAAUUAUGUGAUUUAACUCAACAAGAAUUUGUUGCUCAUAUGGAUAAUUUAAGUAAAGAGAUAGUAGAUGCAUGGAACAAUGAGCAAAGAGUGAAAGCUUUGAAAAUAAUUAUACAAUGCACCAAAAUUUUAAGUUACACAUCGCCACUUCAAUUUUAUCCAAGUAAAUUUGUACUUGUAACAGAUUUGUUAGAUUUAUUUGGAGAUCUAGUUUAUAAAAGGCUCAAAUCUAAAUCUGAAAUUAUUGAUGGUCAAGUAGUACAUCUUCCGAAUAAUUUUACACCAGAUAUGGUACCAAUAUCAGCAAAAGAGACUUGUCGUAAUUGGUUUUUUAAAAUUGCUUCUAUUCGAGAGCUUAUUCCACGGUUAUAUAUAGAAGCUGCAAUUUUACAAAGCUAUCAAUUCAUUAAAACUGAUGAACAAGAAACUGCUUUAAUGAGACUCAUUAAAAUGGUUAGAGGUAUUGGUCAUCCGUUAGUUGCUUGGUAUGCUCGUUGUUAUUUAUGUAGAGUUGGUUCUUUAAUAAAAGUCAAUAUAAAUUAUUUUGAAGAAAGUAUAAAAGAUAUUUUAUUAACUUAUAAACAGAUAAAUAGCCGAUAUUUAUGUAAUGAAAUUCAGUGUCGGAAUAUGACUAUGGAUAAAUUUCUUCAACUCUUAUGUCCUGCAUUGGAAUGGAUAAUAAAAGGAUUGUGUACAUGUGUUGAUACAGUUAAACUUGACGAGAUUUUAAAAUGGUGUAUAUUACAAAAUUUCAAUGGACUUCUCAUUAAUUCUAUAGUGAAUACAUUUCCAGGAUACUAUAUUGCCCAAAAAGCAGAAUAUAUAGUCAAUUUAAUUUCAAAUUGGCAAUAUGAUGUUUUUCCUCAGACUGUAAUUGUUCAAAAUCUCGGGAUAAGCUUAAGAGGUCAUAAUGUACCUAAUUCACAAAAUGUUUUGAGAGAAGUUUGGAAAUUAGUAACAAAAAUUAAAGAUACUGAAAAAUAUAUGGCAUGUGCUGAGGCUUGGAUAUAUUUCAUUGUUAAACAUUUCAAGUUCAAAGAAAUAAAUAUAAUCAUAAGUGAUAUUACAAGACAUCUCAGUAAUCGUGUAGGCAUUGAAAGGUUUCACACCCAACUUCACAAUAUUUUACAACAUUUACUUAAUUAUGUAGAAGACUUUGAAAAUAUUUUUCUUAUGAAUAAUUUAUUACCGUAUUUGGAUAUGUUUGGAUCAGAUAUAAAUAAAUCGACUUGUUGCAAAACUAUCUUAGAAGCAUAUCGUACUCGAGGAGAAAAUGUUAUGUCUCACGAUCCUGUUAUUAAUGACUGCUUAAUGUACAUGUGCAAAAUUUUGCAUGAUUCUGUGGACUCUUUGAUGGUAGAAGAUGAAGUACGACAAAUCAGUCGUAUCAUAGCAUGUUUUAUUUUUCGUGUUGAUUACAAUGAUGAUUUAGACAAACACUUGAAUUUUUAUAUGGAGGCCAGAGGAGCAUUUAUUAGAUUAGAUUAUGUCCAAGCUGCUCUUGUGCAGUGUGUUAACAAAUUAAUGGUGAAAUCUGUGUCUACAUCAAGAAAAUUAGUUAAAAAUUCAUUUGCAAGGGCUUGUUCAGCAUAUUGUUAUAUUACUAUACCUUCUAUUACAUCACCAUUAACUAAGCUUCAACUUUACUUACUCACAGGUCAAACUUCCUUACUCAAUGGAUGUCUUGGGCAAGCUGAUGCUUGCUUUAAAGCCGCAUCUGUUACUAUCAAAGAUUUCCCUGUUGCUUUAGAAAUUGAUGGCCAUACAAUUGAGACUGAAUUUUUAUUGAUAACUUAUAUUCAGAAUUUUUUAUCUAUUUUAUUAAUAGUACCGGACUGCCCUGAUCAAGAAGUCUUACACCAAGUCAGAACCUUGAUUAAUUCAAUAAGGCAAUAUUCUUGGACAGAUAUUUUACAACCUUAUUCUUUAUACUUACAUGUACUUGAUAUGCUAUCAAUAGCUACAUUAGAUACAUAUCCAUAUAAAAUAGCUGAAGUGGAUUCAAAUGAUGUAUUAUAUGGAAGGGAACCACAGUUUGUUGUUGGUGUAGAUUCUAUGUGUACUGUGUUACUUAAUACUAUACUAGAGAAAUUAAAUGAAUUAGCAGUCAACCCUAAUUUACAAUCAAAAUUAGGAUUUGAACUCUUCAUGCGUAUAAUGAUCAGGGCAGAUUUAAACAAUGUAAAAAUGACUACAUUAGCUAUAAACCUAUGGAAACUUUCAAAAAAACAAAAUACAGUAGAUAUUAAAACACAUGAUAACAUGAUUUCUUAUUUAUGUGAUUUUUGUAAUAAUGAAGAAGAAGAAAUUUACCAUAAAGUUGCCAAAAAAAUAGCAAAAUAAUUUAAAGAAUAAUAAUCAUAAUAAUAAUAAUUGUUAUUUUAAUUCAUAUAUUAUUGUUAAUUACAAAAUGUAUUUAUUUUAUUAUAUUUUAUAA